AUGGGCUCUGUGAUAAGCACAGCCAAGACGCUGCCUGAAGCGGGCAGAAUACUGGUCGGCUGGAGCUCUGCCAAGGUACAAGCCCUAGAGCAGCGCCCGCUCCGCUGCUAUCGGACAGCGGUGUUGCGACAAGCGCCGAAACAAGUUAUUGUACUCGGCGAUCUUAAUGCCAAGUCGCAAGCGUGGGGUAAUUUCGUCUCUGACGCGCGAGGUGGUGCUGUACAGAUCUGGAGUAUACUCUCUGGUUUGUCCCUCUUGAAUAGAGGGACUGCUCAGACUUGCGUGCGACAACAGGGAGGGUCCGUAGUGGACGUCUCGUUCGCUACUCCCGCUGUCGCGCGCGGGAUCAGAAAUUGGAGAGUGGUGAAGGAGGUGGAGACCUUGUCAGAUCACCUAUAUAUUCGUUUCAAGGUCUCCGCGGUCCUUGGACAUUCCGCCCCAAUUCGCAGACCGAAUCGCUUCCCACACUGGGCGCUAAGUCGGCUGGACCGGGAGAUGGUCGAGGAAGCUGCCAUAGUACAGCGCUGGUUCUUUACGGUUGGAGUGCCAGAGGGCAUCACCGCCGACGAUUUGGCGAGCCGCCUGGAUACUGCUCUGACUGCAGUGUGCGACGCGGCCAUGCCCCGGGUCCGGCGACGCCAUCAGGUCUACUGGUGGUCGGAGGAGAUCGCGAAACUCCGAGCCUACGUCCGGUACCGGCGACGUCACGGCCAUGCCCCGGACAUAGAGAGCCAGCUGUGGGAGACAUACCGCCUUAAGAAGAAGUCCCUGCAGCUGGCAAUAAGCCAGGCAAAACCCGUGCCAGAGAAGCAAUCCUGGCCGGUUUAG